UCUACCUCUUAGGAAAAGUGGCUUUAUUUCGGGAGGGGUGGAUCACCUCCAAAACGCAGAGCGUGGCGGCGUCCCCCUGACCGUGUCACAUGAAGCCGUGGGUCACAAGCAGCUCAGACAUUAAUAGACGGCAUUUCAAAAAAAAAAAGGGAACUGGAAGCUUCAGAGGAAGAUUGUAGUAGACCACAAAGAUACGCAAAUAGACGACUCUUAGAACUGAGUCCCAGCUACAAGGAAAGGGCGGCGCGUUGUCCUACGGUGGAGCUGGUGGCACGGUCGGUCGUUUGUACAGUAACCCCCCCACCUCUCGUAUGGCAGAACCUCCACCCACGUCCACGUAGAGCUACACCUAAGUAGCCAGACGCUGGUAGCCAAGGAAGCAGACACUCAUAGACGUACACUCGUCGGGUUGUCCCGACCACAAGCAGCCGUGUCAGACUUUCCAUGAAGCAGCAGAUGGAGGCUGCAGUCUGUGCUGAUCCCUGCUGAGGCUCUCCUUCGUGGAUUUUUGUGAGUAGGAUUCAUCGGGGAUGGCGGACGGGAGUGGGACGUAUGGGACAAUGUUAAAGAGAAGGGCAUCCAAGACCUGGAGACGUCUGAAGAAUAGGCUGUCCGCGCCAAUAGACCCAGAAGUGGAGGCCCGGAAGGCUUGUGAUUGGCUGCGGGCUGCAGGAUUUCCUCAGUAUGCCCAACUGUACGAAGAUAACCAGUUUCCUCUGGAUAUUGCCUGUGUGAAGAGAGACCACAGCUUUUUGGAUCCGGAUUCCCUUAAAUCCCUCUGCAGACGGCUAAUGACACUUAAUGCCUGCGCUCCUAUGAAGCUGGAUGUUCAUUACCACCGAAAACAGAAUGAAGAAUCUGAUGAAGAUGACCAUUGUGCUAUUAGUGACCGAUGGACUUUCCAGAGGGGCCAGGGUCGCUGGUCCCGCCUGGAGUCUGUGGAGCUCCUUUCUCCGAAUUUUAAUGGAUCGCCUACGAUAAAGAGCACAUCGAGCAGGGACAGCAUAUUGACUGACCUGAGCACAGAGCUAGAGGCCACCUCUUUGAGGAGCGUAGGAAGUAGUCGGGGUGCUAUGGACCUAGUUGUCACUCCCUCAUCUGAGUUUUGCUCUUUAGAUAGCUCACCAGCCAACAACAAGCCAUGCCGGAGUCUUAGCGACCAAUCUCUAGCUUCCCAUCGGCGUGGUACAAAGGAAAAAUCUAAGAAGAGGAAAUCGAAGGGCUUUUUAAAAAGGAUGGAAUCCUUGCGGAGGAGGGAGAAAGAUAAAAAUAAAGACCAAGGGGCCUUAGUUUCUAAUGACCUCGAACAUUCUGGGACGGUUGAAAUACAUUGCCCAGGGCGAUAUGAUGACGACGGCGAGGACAUUCCUGCAUAUGACAAAGAAUUCCUUCAUCCUGACUAUAGGACUAAAUUUUCAUCUGGUGGCCGUUAUCGAAAACCACAUGUGGAAAGCCAUUGUAGGGGGGUCUAUCUGGAAGAUUUUGAUAUGGCGGGAAAGAAUGGCAUAAGGCAUAGAUUGUGUCAAAAGUCAGAUCAUCUGGUAUCCAUCCCUGUGGACCAUAAGCCGGGCACUUUCCCAAGAUCCCUUUCUAUUGAGAGUUUGUGUCCAGCAUCCCAAGUACCUUUGGAGAGUUGGAAAAUGGGCAGCAAAUCUCUAGGACAUUCGGUGAGUAGCAGUAUGGACUCUCAUGGGCUGGAAGUGAGGCCAAGGAGAGGUUCACUUAGUUCUAUAGGAAGCCGUUCGAGCAUCUAUGACAACGUACCAGCUUCGCUAGCUGCCAACGGGGAUCUCUUUGAGCUUGGAGGCAACGGCGACCUUUUCGGCCACCUUGAUGAUGUCCUAAACCAUGUAAAGGGGGUGCAAAGAAUGGUGGAACUGUGGUCUCGGACAGUCUGUCCUGACCUUGACGAAGAGGAGGAGACGGAUUCGGGAGGAGAACAAGCUGGUCAUCUGGCUUUUGAAGAACGAUCCAUAUCUGACGUUGGCACUUCUGCCAGUGACUUUGACAGCAUCGGCAAUUCCUUGAAUGACACAGAAGAGACGGAAAUGAGGGAACGGAGAGAUUCUGGGGUCGGCGCAUCCUUAACCAGGCCGUGCAGGAAGUUGCGCUGGCACAGCUUCCAGAACUCGCACCGGCCGAGCCUCAGCUCCGCCUCCCUGGAGAUCAACAGGCAGUCCGCCGCUCAACUCAACUUGCUGCAGAAGCUGUCCCUGCUGAGACUCACCGCCAUCAUGGAGAAAUACUCCGUGCCCAGCAAGCAGGGGUGGGCGUGGACGGUGCCCAAAUUCAUGAAGAGGUGUAAAGUCCCGGACUACAGAGGACGAGCCGUGUUCGGUGUCCCACCAAUUGUCAAUGUGCAAAGGACGGGACAACCUCUUCCGCAAUGCGUCCAGCAAGCCAUGCGCUACAUCCGCAGCCAGUGCUUGGAUCAGGUGGGAAUCUUCCGCAAGUCCGGAGUAAAAUCUCGCAUUCAGGUUCUGCGACAGAUGAACGAGGCUUCUCCCGACAAUGUCAGCUAUGUGGGGCAGUCAGCGUACGAUGUGGCCGACCUGCUAAAGCAAUAUUUCAGGGACCUGCCAGAGCCCAUCUUUACCAGCAAACUGACGGACACCUUCCUGCAAAUAUACCAGUAUGUGCCCAAGGAGCAGCGACUACGAGCGGUGCAGGCGGCGAUCCUGCUGAUGCCGGAUGAGAACCGAGAAGUUCUUCAAACCUUAUUGUAUUUUCUGAGUGACAUUUCCUCCGCUCAGGAGAACCAGAUGACUCCUGGGAACUUGGCAGUCUGCCUGGCGCCAUCGGUCUUUCAUCUGAAUAUUUCUAAAAAAGAGACUCAUUCUCCUCGGAUCAUGCAUCGAAGAGGAACAUCUGGAAAACCAGAUCACAAGGAUCUCAGCGAGAACUUGGCGGCAACUCAGGGAUUGCUCCAUAUGAUCACCGAGUGCAAGAAGCUAUUCCAGGUCCCCCAUGAUAUGAUGCUCCAGUCCCGGAACUCUUAUAUAGCUGCCGACACUCAGCCACUUUCUCUGGAGGACUUGUGUGUGAGCCCAACUGGCGAGAGCAGGGAUUUAUCUUCCCUCCUGGACAGCAGCAUCCACCAUCUUAUCCAGGAAUCUUCAGAACGAUUUAGAGGGUGGACGGCCGUGCCUGGCCCGGAGAACACAGAGCUGUCUUGUAGGAAGGCUGGUGACGGGAACCCUUUGCGUCUAUGGAAGGUUUCCACAGAGGUUGAAGCUCCACCAAGCUCGUUACUUCAUCGUGUUUUACGAGAGCGCCACCUAUGGGACGAUGACCUCCUGCAGGGCCGAGUCGUGGAAACCUUGGAGCAAAACACAGACCUGUUCCACUAUGUGACGGACAGCAUGGCUCCGCACCCGAGGCGGCAGUUCUUAGUCCUGCGGAAAUGGCGCACAGACCUUCCCAGGGGUGGGUGCGUUUUAGUAUCUACGUCCGUGGACCAUGCCACCGGCCUACCAGAGGAGGGGGUUCAAGCCAUGAUUGUCAGCUCACAGUAUUUGAUGGAGCCUUGUGGAAUGGGACGAACCAGGCUAACGUACAUUUGUAGAGCGGACCUCAGAGGACGUUCUCCUGACUGGUACAACAAGGUGUUCGGCCAUCUCUGUGCGAUGGAAGUGGCUCGUAUCCGCAACUCUUUCCCUCCUCUGAGCCCUUGUGGACCUGAAACGAAGCUUUAAAGUAAAUGGAUAUCUAAGGGACUUAUAUGAGUGUCUUGCGGAGCCUCAUCACCUAAUCCUCCUGGAUCAAGAUGAGUGGAGCCACGUCACCUAGCGUGGCCUAGCCCUUUUUAGGCAUGUAUUUUUCCAUGGUAAGCAGGGGGGCCAGACAUCUCCAUAAAGAGGACCAGGAGUACAAUAGAGGUCAUCGUUUGACUUCAGACAUUUUAUCAGGAGUCUUGCUUCCAAAGAUGUGCAAGCCGACCACGACGUUCCUGCCAACCACGAAGGGCGGGAUUGUGAGCGACGCUUGCUAUGCAGUAUUCUUGUGCUGCUAACAGUAAAUCAGUAUUAUGUGUU